AUGACUCGCCAGAUUCCAUUUGAAGGUGACGACACUGCUUAUAUUCUGUUUCUUGAAGCGCGAAUCUUUCAGCUCGAAGACACCCUUCACCGUUCGUCUCGACAACAAACCCACAUUGGAACGCCAUCGAGAAGCCAGGCGGAGUUGAACGGAGUCCAUAUUCAGAGCGAGGUCUUUGACAUACCUCACCCCAACUCAUGUCAAAUUCCGACUGCAUCGGAAAACCGAAGCCACGACGGUGGCACACAACUUACCUUAGAAAAUCCUGAUGAACAGCGACAUCCAUGCAAAGACGACGGUGAUCCCGUGGCAUUCAAAAUUAUUGAAUACAAUCCGAACGCUCACCCUGAUCCAGAUGGAACCGACAAAUGCGCGCAGGAAGAGCGUAAAAAGCACCAACUCGAGACACUAUCAAGAUUUUCUAACUUCCUUGACAAUUUACCCCAGUCGGACGUUUGGAAAGUUUGGGUUUCAGCUCUUGAUGACGUCGAACGCAGAAAGAUCCUAAAUGCACUAGUACAAAAUUAUGGCUCGGGUGCAUCGAGCUUUUCCUCACUGGAAACUCCUAAGGAAUUGGCAAACGGUUCAUCCAAGUCGACAGAUAUUGUCGUCUUGUCUGAAUAUGCCGAGUUUAUGACAUCGUGUGGCAUGGUGAAUCGACAUUUAUCAUGCUUUCGAAACAUAUUAUUUUUUUCGCUUUGUGCGGUUGCACUGAAAAUAGUUGAGGACAAAGAUGGCGUGUACGCAGUUAUGCGGAAAGUUAUCGGAUCUGAUACUCCUUCAAAACAACUUCACAAGCUUGUUCGUGGCGCAAAAUGGGCGAAUCGUCUCGUAUACCUCCUAUCUACAACGAAAUGGGCAUCUAGAAGCUGGGAUAUUCUUUGUGUCGCUGAGCAUCCCGUUAGCUUUUAUGCCCGAUUCAACGACUGUUCUAUAAAGCCUGAGGAGGUAUUGAAGAUGAUGAGGACUAGUUUUCAAGAGGACUUCUUGUCUGAAUCUGAAUCCACGAGCUCGCCUACGCCCUUUGCAAUCCCUUUGAUCAUAAAAAGAAUCUUCAAGGAUAGUGUUUCGCUGAAGAAAAUUUGCCAAUACCUAGGGUACGAAUUCUCCUGGGUCAAUUCUUAUCAGACCUCCUUCAACCAUGCAUUGGAGUGUCAUUACUCCAGAAAGAGGCCGGCAUCGACAAGAUACAGGCCGUCAAAAAGGCACUGUCAGGAUCGCUCUGCUUUGCCACCGGAGAGCGACGGCCAAAGGGCCCAAUGCCCGUCUCCUAGUGCGGCCAAUAAUUCAGCUAGUGGUUCUCCACUGCCGGAGAUAUCAAGUAUUCCAGAAAUAUCGUCGGUGGGUAUACUGGAACUGGCAUCAGCCCAAGGAAACCAAUCUGAUGCCGGUGAUGCCUGGGCUGCGGGUGAUGUUUCUACUGGUCACUCUUUGGUCAACUACAUCCCUCAGCAAGAUGCCAACGAUGCCUGGGCAAGUUCGGCCGAGAUGGGACUAGUCUACUUUCCUCCCGAUCAGCCUUCAAUCAAUGAAAUUCCUCAGCCUGACGCCAACGAUGCCUGGGCAAGUUCGGCCGAAAUGGGAGAAGUAUACUUACCUUCCGAUCAGUCUUUAAUCAACUACAUCCCUCAGCCUGAUGCCAGCGAUGCCUGGGCAAGCUCGCUCGGGAUGGGAGAAGUAUACUUACCUUCCGAUCAGUCUUUAAUCAACUACAUCCCUCAGCCUGCUGCCAGCGAUGCCUGGGCAAGUUCGGCCGGGAUGGGACUAGUCUACUUCCCUCCCGAUCAGCCUUCAAUCAAUGAAAUUCCUCAGCCUGACGCCAGUGAUGUCUGGGCAAGUUCAUCUGCCCAAAUGCUUGGGGACAUAAAUCUCGGCUCGUACCUGGGCAAUGAUUUAAGUGCUACCGUCAACAUGGUUGAUACAUCAACGAGGGACUCGGAAUCAACACGAAAAUCUCAAUCAGAUUCAAUCGCUUUUGGAAGAAAUACAGAGGGGUUGAUGUCUGUACAGCGAUCUGCGGGAACGUCAAGGGACAACUGGAUAGCACAACCUGCUGUCAAUGGCAACAGGGUGCCACCUCUUUUGCUAUGUUCUUCCUUGCAACCUCAGAGCCACCGAAAUGAGUCAGAAAGUGGGCAAUACUCUCGCCCGUUAGCAGUGAAUUAA